AUGGGUAUCGGAGAAGGGACAGAUAAAUGGCUGAAAGAUCCUGCUACAGGGAAAGACUUGAUUUGCUUUGACUGGUGGGUAGGAAAGCACAAUGACAGUAUCAACACAGCAGGUUUGCAGAGGGUAGUGGAUUGGAUCCAUCUCGUGGGACCACAGAUGGGGGAUGCAACGAAGGGAAUUCUCCUUGCAAUCCUUCCUGGCCAAAUCGAAAAAAACAAGAAAAGGAAGCGAGUAGAUGAAGAUGAUGACCUGGGGGACGACGUGGAGAUUGUUGAUGGAGGUUUGGAUUGUGUGCACAUGAAUUCACAUGUUCAAUCAAAACUUGAUGUGCACAAGAGGAAACACAGAUCAAAUGAAUGUGAUGAGAAGUGGCAAGACCCUAAAUACGACUCAGCAUUCAUUUUAAAUGUGAUGUCAGAUGAUGAAGAUGACCCAGAACAGCAUCCAGGUGAAGCACGCACCUUCUUGACAAUGGAGCCAGAAUGGCGAAGCCUUGAGUUGUCCAUGCUCUUCACAGCCAUAGAUGAGUGGAGAAGAGCAGCUGAACAAAAGACAGGCCCACCACCUCUUGCACAAACCUUGGCCACACAUAUAUGUUCAUGGAUGGUCAAGACUGUAAUCCUUGAGGAAAAUGCAGACUGGUUUGACUCUGGGCGUGUUGCUCACAGCGGUGAAGCAUGGGGUGAAGAGGAGCCGAGGGAGCUGGUGAAGGAUAGGAAAGGAAAGGGGAAGGCUCAGGACUCCAGAACUGCCAAGAAGGUGAUUGUGCGCCAAUGA